CUCCCCUUAUCGCUGUCCAAACCUCAGCUGCAAACAAUUAUCAGUGACUACAGGGAAGAUGGCAGAAUACUGGAAAUCAACGCCCAGAUACUGGUGCAAGCACUGCAGUACCUAUGUCCGCGACACGAAACUCGAGAGGACAAAUCAUGAAGCCACCCCGAAGCAUCAAGGUAAUCUCAAGCGGUUUCUACGAGACCUUCACCGGGGCAAUGAAAAAGACGAAAAAGACAAGGAGAGGGCGAAGGCAGAGAUCGCGCGCCUGAAUGGCAUCACUGGGGGUGGUGGAGCAGCAUCUAGCUCUAUGGCAACGAGCUCUGGCUUCGGCAGAGGUCCCACACCUUCAGCACCAAAGCCACAGGCAACGCCUGCACAGAGGAAGCAGCAGCUGGCUCAACUGGCGGAGAUGGGUGUUAGCAUACCGGAAGAGUUCAGGCCGGAUAUGGCGAUGGCUGGAGAAUGGCAGGUCACGUCGGAGCGGAUUAUUGAACCGGAGGGAGAGAAGAAACCGGAUGCUCUUGCGCUUGGGGUUCGAAAGAGGGCUGUAGAGGAGGAAGAGGAAGAAGGAGAGCUUGAGACCAAGAAGAGGAAAUGGGGAUCGGCAUACAAGACACACCCGGCAGAAGAUGAUGCUGAUUUGGACGCACUGUUGAGCAACGCAACACGAAACGUCAAGACACCGGUUACGAAGACUGAGAUCAAACAGGAGAUCAAGGAGGAGAUCAAGGAGGAGAUCAAGGAGGAGCCAGGAGCCAGUGAUAUCUCGCCAGCGGACGUACCAGUGAACCAGGAGAAACCCGGUAUCAAGAGAGAGCCAUCAGAUGGGGAACCUAAUAUACCUACUGCCAUUCCUCCGUUGGAUGGCAGUGUGAAGCAAGAAAACGAGGAGCAAAGUGCGCCUGGUGUGGUUUUCAAAAAGAGGAAAGCCAAGAAUAUCCGACAGAAAUAAUCGACACCAUGGUCAAUUCACCUGAAGAGUUUCGAACAUUCUAGAUCCGCCCAACUAGCUCCCAACUAGGACAUACAUAGGCCGAAUUGUCGCAUCAUGACUCAAACAUCGGGCAGGGGGCUGCCUCUGAGAAAUGUGCCAUUCAUAAGUUCUACCAACCUAACGACGCAACUCCUCGAAAGAAAUGAAGCUCCAACAUAAUCUUUCGAGGGGUUAAACCGUUAAAUGCACUUGUUAGCUCGGGAACGUGCGGCUAACUCCGGGUACUAUCUACCUU